AUGACUAAACCAGUUACUUUACAUCUAAGAGCAGAGAAAAAACCUCUUGAAGCUCGUGCUGCCUUGACACCAACCACUACUAAACAAUUGAUCCAAGCUGGAUUCACUGUUUAUGUUGAAGAAUCAAAACAAUCCGCUUUCAAAGCUGAAGAAUAUGCUAAAGUUGGUGCUAAAAUAGUACCAGAAGACUCUUGGAAAUAUGCCCCAACUGAUCGUAUCAUUAUCGGGUUAAAAGAAUUACCAGAAGAAGAUACUUUCCCAUUAAUUCAUGAACAUAUCCAAUUUGCUCAUUGUUAUAAAGACCAAGGUGGUUGGCAAACAGUUUUAAGCCGUUACGCUAGAGGUGAUGGUACUUUAUAUGACUUGGAAUUUUUGGAAAAUAACCAAGGUAGAAGAGUUGCUGCCUUUGGGUUUUAUGCUGGUUUCGCUGGUGCUGCUUUAGGUGUCAAAGACUGGGCUUUCAAAAAUACUCACGCCGAUUCUGAAGAUUUACCAGGUGUUGAACCAUAUCCAAGUGAAGGUGCACUAGUCGAAGAUGUUAAAAAAGAUUUACAAAAAGCCUUAUCAAAAGGUGCCAAAAAACCAAAAGUUUUAAUUAUUGGUGCUUUAGGUCGUUGUGGUUCAGGUGCUGUUGAAUUAUUAACCAAAGCUGGUAUUCCAGAUGAAAACAUUCUGAAAUGGGAUAUUAAAGAAACUUCAAGAGGUGGUCCAUUCAAAGAAAUUGCUGAAGCUGAUAUCUUUGUUAAUUGUAUCUAUUUAUCAAAACCAAUCCCACCAUUCAUCAAUUAUGAAUUAUUGAAUAAACCUAACAGAAAAUUGAGAACUGUUGUUGACGUUUCAGCUGAUACCACCAAUCCUCACAACCCAAUUCCAAUUUAUUCAAUUGCCACAGUUUUCGAUAAACCAACCGUUAGAGUUGAGACCAAAGCCGGUCCAAAAUUAUCUGUGGUUUCAAUUGAUCAUUUACCUUCAUUGUUACCAAGAGAAGCUUCAGAAUUCUUUUCAAAAGAUUUGUUACCAUCCUUAUUGCAAUUACCAAAUAGAAAAACUGCUCCAGUGUGGGUUAAAGCUGAAAAAUUAUAUAAACAUCAUGUUAAACGUUUGAGCAGAGAACAAAAAUUAUAA